ACCAAAUAUCAGCAAGAUUUUCAUUUACAUUAUGAAUCCUUGUCUUUUUAUAAUUUUGUCAUUUCUCUUGCUACUGUUUCCGACUGCAACUGCUAGCCAAUUAAUAACAGUGGGAGAAGGAGGAGAUGAUAGAAACGAUGCUAAUAUGAAAAAGUGUUUGGAUAAGGAGAGAGAUGCGCUCCUUCUUUUCAAAGCUCCCCUUCACGACCCUUAUGAUACUCUCUCUACAUGGACAGCUGAUCAACAUGACUGCUGUAAUUGGAGUGGAAUCACGUGCAGCAACCAAACAGGUCAUGUCACAAAGCUUGAACUCUUCGGCCAUGGUCUUGGAGGUGAAAUAAGCCAUUCAUUGCUUAACUUAACCUACUUGAAUCAUCUUCAUCUUUCCGGAAAUUCUUUUCAUGGAACCAUUCCCACCUUCAUUGGUUCCAUGACUCGAUUAAGGUAUAUUGAUCUUUCCGACAAUUAUCAUAAUGGAACCAUUCCCAGGUCAAUUGGUUCCUUGACAGAAUUAAGGCACCUUGACCUUUCCUAUAACUCUCUUUAUGGAACCAUUCCUCCAGAGUUUGGAAACCUCACCAACUUGCAAGUUCUUCGACUUGGAAAUGUUGAAAGGUGUAGAGUUGAAAAGGUAGAGUGGUUGUCUCAUCUCUCUCAUUUGGAGGUGCUUGGAAUGGAUGGGAUUUCCCUAGCCAAACAAAAUCACUGGGUAGAUGUAGUUUUGAGUCUCUGCAAGCUCUCACAUUUAAGUUUAAAUGGAUGUGAGCUGUCACAGGUGAUGUAUCCAUAUUCUUCAUUUCUCAACUCUUCUUCUUCUUCUUCAUCUAUUGAAUUCCUUUCUCUCCAAAGCAACAAUCUCACCUCAUCCAUGUAUCGCUGGUUGUUCCCCUUAACCAGCAAUAGUCUUCAAUUCCUUCAUCUCUCUAGCAACAUGUUAGAUGGGAUACCUAAAUAUCUUGGUAACCUCUGUAAUCUGAAAACUUUUUACUUCUCUGACAACUCUGCUGCUGUCAAAUUUCCUGAUUUUCUCAACAACUUGUCUGGAUGCACAUCCCUUUCAUUACAAUACUUGAUUGCUCCAGGCAGCCAAUUUACAGGGUCACUGUUGGAUGACAUCCAAAGGUUUUCAUCCCUAAAUUGUUUGUACUUAGCUGCUAGUCACUUAAAUGGAAGUAUAAGUGAGAAACUGUGGGAACUACCCAUACUUGAAAUUCUUGAUGUUUCUUAUAAUGAUCUUACAAUUCCUUCCACAAUUCAUAAUUCAAGCCUUUCUUAUGUAAAUCUUUUUGAUAUGAGGUCUUGCAAGGUAGGGCCUCAAUUCCCCAAAUGGAUUAAGACACUCAAAAAUCUUACCAGUCUUGAUCUUUCCAAUACUGGAAUUUCAGACACAGCUCCUCUGGACUUCUGGGCCAUGUGGCCUUCUCGUUUAAUAUAUAUGAAUCUCUCUUCCAACAACAUUAGUGGAAUGAUACCAGAUUUAUCAUCAAAUUUUGCCAAGAAGUCGGCGAUAGAUUUGAGUUCCAACACCUUUCAUGGCCCAAUACCUAAUGUCCCUUCCACUUUGUUAUCAUUAAAUCUUUCCAGAAAUAAACUCUCUGGAGGAAUCUCCUUUAUAUGCCAAAUUGUUGAUGGGCUCUUAUACUUUCUUGACCUCUCUCAUAAUUCAUUAAGCGGACAACUCCCAGACUGUUUGUGGCAUUUAAAACAACUAAAAGUUCUUAAUCUCGGACACAACAAUCUCUUUGGAAGGCUUCCUCCCUCAAUUGGAUCUUUGAUAGAACUCGAGGCGUUGUAUUUAUUCAAGAACAACUUAUCUGGAGAAUUGCCUUUGUCUUUGAAAAAUUGCACGAGUUUAAUCUCGUUGAAUUUGGGGGCCAACAAGUUUUCUGGUACCGUGCCUGUCUGGAUUGGUGAAAACUUAUCAAGGUUGUAUGUUGUUAUCCUAAGAUCAAACAACUUCUUUGGAACCAUCCCUGUACAGUUAUGUCAAUUAGCAAAUCUGCAAAUUCUGGACUUGUCAAUGAACAAUCUCCAUGGAACCAUCCCCUCAUGUUUGGGUAAUCUUACGAGCAUGGUUGAAGAAGGAUUCUCACAAGAUGAAUUGUAUUAUACAAUUGGAAUAAGUGAGAAUAUAGAUGAAACUGAGACAUAUGUUGACCAUGCAAUGAUUGAGUGGCAAGGAGAUGAACUUGAAUUCUUUGGCAGUCUAAGAUUGUUAAAGAGCAUUGACCUGUCAAGCAACAAUUUAACAGGACAAAUCCCAUAUGAAAUUACCAAUCUUCAUGACUUGAUUGCCCUGAACUUGUCAAAGAAUGCUCUAUCUGGAGAGAUUCCAGAGAAAAUUGGUGGGAUGAAAAAGCUUUUGACUUUGGAUUUAUCUAGAAACAAUUUUUCAAGACGGAUACCAUCAAGCAUGUCUCAGAUGACUUUACUGAAUGACCUGGACGUGUCAUUUAACAGCUUGUCAGGGAGAAUCCCAUCCAGCACUCAACUCCAAUCUUUUGAAGCUUCAAGAUAUGAUGGGAACACACAACUAUGUGGACCUCCCCUUACCAAAAAGUGUCCUGGAGAUGAAGAAUCAGAAUUACUACCCAUCAUUGGUGAAAUAGAUGAAGUUGAGAGAUGGUUUUAUAUUGGUGGGGGCAUGGGUUUUGCUACUGGAUUUUGGAUAGCAUGUGGCGCUUUACUUCUCAACCGUCGAGGGAGACAUCCAUUUUUUCAAUUUUGUGACAGCUUUAUAGAUUGGAUUUAUGUGAAGGUGGUGGUGUUCAUUUCAAGUUUGCAAAAGGCUCGACAGACUUAGUAUGUCAUCUUUUUUUUUUUUUUUUUUUUUUUUUUGCAAUAUUUAA